AUCGCAAUGCCCCACACAUAAAACCCAAGUGAGUUUGACUUCAGGAAAUAUUAACAUAUGCCUUCAUGGCUUAAAACAAGGACGGUGUAAGUCUGGUCAGGAAAUAAAUCAAGUUAUGACAGGGUAUUUCUUCUCUUCUCCCACCUUCUACACUGAAGGAAUGGUCUCAAAUGGAAAUUCUAAGAACCAAUACCAUUUGUCACACAGGUCGGUGUGACCCAUUGAGAAUUCUCAUGGCCAAGCCUCCCUUCUGAUACAGUUGACUUCUCUGGACACUUCAUAGUUUGAAGAUUUCAAAAGGCCAGAUGAGUUCAUGCUUAAAUGAAGUCACAUAGUGUGGAUAAUGACAGAAGAAUUGGCGCCAGCCCCUGGGGACACAGGCAGACGUCCAGCCACACUGCAAGUGACAUAACAUAAUGACAGGUGACAUAACAAUUGGUGCCAGGCCCUGGGACACAGGCAGAAGACCAUCCACACUGCAAGUGCAGAAAGCAGGUAACUGUCCUGAGUUGUUUCAUUCACGUCCAACCCUCCAAGUUCUCAAAUUUCCCAAGAAAGACGUGGUGGAGGCAACCAGCAACGUCUCAGCUGCUCUACAAAGAACUCCAAAGGAUCAAACAGAGAUGACAAGUACUCAAUUUGAUUGUCAAUACUGCACGGUAUCCCUUCUUGGGAAGAAGUAUGUGCUCAAGGAUGAUCAUCUAUACUGCGUCUCCUGCUAUGAUCAGAUCUUUUCUAACUAUUGUGAGCAGUGCAAAGAACCAAUUGAAUCAGACUCUAAGGAUCUUUGUUACAAAAACCGUCAUUGGCAUGAAGGAUGCUUCAAGUGCACCAAAUGUCAUGAGUCUUUGGUGGAAAAGCCUUUUGUUGCCAAGGAUGAGCGCCUGCUGUGCACAGACUGCUAUUCUAAUGAGUGUUCCUCCAAGUGCUUCCACUGCAAGAGAAACAUCAUGCCAGGUUCUCGGAAAAUGGAAUUCAAGGGCAACUACUGGCAUGAAACCUGCUUUGUGUGUGAGCACUGCCGACAGCCAAUAGGAACCAAGCCCCUGAUCUCAAAGGAGAGUGGCAAUUAUUGUGUGCCCUGUUUCGAGAAGGAGUUUGCUCAAUACUGCAACUUCUGUAAGAAGGUGAUAACUUCUGGUGGGAUAACCUUCCGUGACCAGUUAUGGCACAAAGAAUGCUUUCUGUGUAGCGGCUGCAGGAAAGAGCUUUGUGAGGAGGCGUUUAUGUCCAGGGAUGAUUUCCCAUUCUGCUUGGAUUGCUACAACCAUCUUUAUGCUAAAAAGUGUGCAGCCUGCACCAAACCCAUCACUGGUCUCAGAGGUGCGAAGUUCAUCUGCUUUCAAGACCGCCAGUGGCACAGUGAAUGCUUCAACUGUGGGAAGUGCUCCGUCUCCCUGGUGGGUGAAGGAUUCUUAACUCAGAACACGGAAAUCUUCUGCCGCAAGUGUGGCUCCGGGACAGACAUUGACAUGUAGAAAGAGACAGCCUUUUCCCACCUGAAACCCACUUUGCCUUUGCUCUCACUAAAUUGGGAACUCAGUGGCAAUAAUAUUUUUUAUUUGUAUUUUAGAAAGCAGUUCAGGGGUGAGGGUAGGUAGCAGGAAAAGUUGAGUAUACUUUAUAACUGAACUCUAGAAUAAGAAACACACAAAACCACAGUCUAAUAGAAAUGAAUUACUAAGCCUCAAUGCUCUAUCUCCUUGCAAAAUACUGCACUCUGCUGUUGGAAACAUGGGAUAAUACUUCUUUAUUAUUGAGUAUAUGGCCUGUAUAUAAUAAUUGUGAAUGUUAGUACUGAAGGACGUUUUUCAAAACUGCAGAAGGAAAACAAGAUCCAACGGAGAAGUAUACAAGAGACAAAUGUUUGCAUUUUAAGCUAGCUGGUUUUAUACAUAACAUGAUAGAAGGAAUAUGAAUAGUUGCAAGAUUUAUGAAAAAAUCAAUUAGUAAUCAUCACACUUAACCUUAUCAUUUUAGAAACAUUCUUUUUUCACAAGUACUGAAUAAGAGUUGAAAAACAAAGCCAUGGAUUUUCUUCAUACACAGGGCUUCCAUCAUCAGCUGCCUCCGUAGUCAAUGGAAUUGGACAGCUAUGGUACCCUUAUACUUAAGUAUAAAGGGCAUCAUCCCUGCCUGGGGAGAACCAAGCAUGAAUUUUGAUUAGAUUUAGAUUACAGAUUCAAAUACAUUUUAGAUUAAUUGUAUUUCCAAAGCCCACAAUGGUUUCUCUAAAUGCUUAUAGAUUUCAUCUAUUCUUUUAAGUGAAUCUAACCAGAAUAUUUGUUGUCCCCAAAGGCAAACCUUUAAAGAAAAUAAACCAUUAAAUUUUCA